GGGUCCUGUGAUCAGCUGAGUCCAAUCACAGCUGAUCACAUGGCACUGAUGAUCAGUGUGGCCCCAGAAGGGCCACCUGUCAGUUUCCAUCAGUGCCAGCUGUCAGUGCUGAACAGUGCCACGUGCCAGUACCAGUGCCCAUCAGUGCCACAUCAAUGCCACAUAUCAGUGCCUACCAGUGCACAUCAAUGCCACAUAUCAGUGUGCCCAUCUGAGCUGCCCUUCAGUGUCACCCAUCAGUGCCAGUCAGUGCCACCUAUCAAUGCCAAUCAGUGCCACCUAUCAGUGCUGCCAAUCAGUGCCGCCUAUCAGUGCCAGUCAGUGCCGCCUAUCAGU